UCCUGCAAAAUCAUAAUAAUAUACUCGUAGUCAACGGCCAUCAGAAUAUUACUCUGACCGCUCCAACCUACGAGAAUAUUACAGUGAUAACAGAAAAUUGUAAAUACAAGGUGGAUACGUAUGCACGUCCGUGUUAUUUACUCAAUGCAUUGGGGUCGGGGGCAGUUGUCCGAAAAAUGAUAAGUAGCUUAUACCACAAGACUAUACCGGCAUAUACCAGCAUAUUACAGUGACACCAAUUUGAAAAAACAUCGUACAGCCAUGUACCUACGGCAUGUCCACAGUCCACGCCUGUGACUACUGACCGAGAGCUGUUCUAUGGUUUCGUGCUCGUGCAGUACUGCAGUGUCCGUCGGUUUAGAACGUUUUCGCUCGGACACUAGUGGCGUAUUAUAUACUGUAACGGUCCGGUGAGAAUCUGCACGCGCGUAUACGCGACGGCCAUUGCUGCGGCUAACAUGCAGCUCUUAAAAAUUAUGGGAUCUGCGUGGAACGUGGUGCGUCGGGCUUUGGCGUCCGUAGUCACAGCGCUGAUGGGCACGGCGGGCCUAGUGGUCGCGUGGAACACGACUGCCAGCGUAGACGAGCCCGCCGUACCGUUAAGCGUGAAUUAUCACUUCACGCGCCAGUGCAAUUAUAGCUGCGGCUUUUGCUUCCACACGGCCAAGACGUCGUUCGUGCUGCCACUGGACGAGGCGAAGCGCGGGCUGACCAUACUGGCGGAUGCCGGCAUGAAAAAGCUAAACUUUUCGGGCGGCGAGCCGUUCAUCCGGGGCGGCGGCCGCUUCAUGGGCGAACUCAUCAAAUACUGCAAAACGGAACUGAGGUGGGCGGGCAUCAGCAUUUCAAUUGUUAGUAACGGCAGCUUGAUCCAGGAAAAGUGGAUGAGGCAGUACGGCGAGCACGUGGACAUGCUGGCCGUGUCAUGCGACUCGUUCAACGCCGACACGAACCGAAUGAUCGGCCGGCAACAGGGCGCAAGGACCGAUCACGUUGCGAAAUUAUACCAGGUACGUGAGUGGUGCGGACAGCACAAGAUCGCGUUCAAGAUCAAUACAGUGGUCAACACGUAUAAUGUGAACGAACUGUUCGCCGAGCACAUCGACCGGUUACGGCCGGUCCGGUGGAAGGUGUUCCAGUGCCUGUUGCUGGAGGGCGAGAACGCGGGCGAGGGAGCGUUGCGUAACGCCGCCCGGUUCUACGUCACCGACGAAGAGUUCAACGGGUUCCUGCGCCGGCACGCUGAAGUCCAGAUGCUGGUGCCCGAGAACAACGACGCGAUGCGCGACAGUUACCUGAUCCUGGACGAGUAUAUGCGAUUCCUCAACUGUCGCAACGGCAAGAAGGAACCCUCCGCGUCCCUGCUGGACGUCGGCGUCCAGCACGCGCUCCGUGGUUCCGGUUUCGACGAACAGGCGUUCCUGGAGCGGGGCGGCGUGUACCGGUGGAGUAAGCAGCAAAUGUCCGAAGCUGAGCUCGAAUGGUGACGGGCCAAACAUUUUUUCUUUCAUCACUGCUGCACCUCAUAUCUUGCCUAUACAAAGUGAUCCAUUUAACGUAACACACUUUAUCGUUUAACCAUCUACUUUUCGUAUAAUAAGUGUCUUACGUUAAAUGGAUCACCCUGUAUAUUAUAUUAUUCUUAUUGCCCGGUUGUUCCACUGAGCUCUUCAAUUAUUGUGGUACGCACAAGCGCAACUAGGGGGGCUAAGCCCCCCCCAAAAAAAAAAACUUGUAAUA